AUGGACCAGGCUCAUCCCUUGUCGAGUCCUAUGGUCGUGAGGUCCGUAGACCUAGAGAAACAUCCAUUCGGACCUAAGAAGCCGGACAAGGAGACACUCGGGCCGGAAGUGCCUUACUUAAGUGCCAUUGGAGCUUUAAUGUAUUUAGCUAGUCAUACAAGACUGGACAUCAGCUUUGCCGUCAGCUUACUGUCUAGAUUCAGUUCAUGUCCGGCUCUUAGGCACUGGAACGGAAUAAAACAUCUGUUCAGAUAUCUGCAAGGAACAAAAGACCUCGGAUUGUUCUAUACCGGCCGGCCAGGAGAGAGUUUGGCCGGAUAUGCAGACGCUGGGUACUUAUCUGACCCACAUCAUGCUAGAUCUCAGACAGGCUAUGUGUUUAUUCACAAUGGGGCUGCAGUAUGUUGGCGGUCCAAAACAGACAUUAGUGGCCACAUCUUCUAA